CAGAGCUGUGGGUGAGCAAGGUGACUGGGUAUCUGCUACGGAGCGCUCGCACCAGCAGUGCUUCCUGGGGCUUCUUUUGCACCACUACGGUACCAAGCCCAAAGGCAUUUACCAUGCAUGGAGAAAGUUGUAUAAACAGCCCCAGCCUUAACAGCAGCUGCAACGUGGAAUAGACAGAGGACCAGUAUGGGUAGCGGAUCCAGCAGAAGAAAAAAAGUUGCGAGCCAUCCGAACGCUAACGGGCGCGAGGCUGAGAAGCCAUUCACGCGCAGUGAAGCGGAGUGGGCGCGAGGUAAGAGCGCGGUGGAACAGGGAGGUGAGCUCGGGCACCGCGCGCACACCCUUCCCAAAGUUGUAGAUUAUACCAAGAGAAGCAGAGGCGAGCCAGCUUGGCUCAGUGAAGAAGAAAGCGACUCGGAUUUUUCAUUCCAGGAUGAGGAAGAUAUCGAUGCAGAACUGGAUAGAAUAUUGCACAAAUACGACGAGUACGAGCUUCAGUCUAGCAGGACGUUUCCGAAAAAUACCUUCACUCGGUCAAACACUUACAGCUUUUGUGAUACUAUGCAAGUGUACAACGGACCCAGUUUUAGUUCCACACCCCUCAUUCAUCAGAGGCUGGAUACUAGGGAUCGACUUGCUGUCGUUUCGGAGGGGGCAGUUUCAGGGAAUACUCGGAUGUCGAGCAGACAGUGUAAACUAGAAACAAAUCCACCUGUCGCGGCUUGGGGCAAGUGUCCACCUGAGAAGAACAACAAGUUCACUAAAGAGGUGGGCAGCCAGCGGACAAGCGGGUUGAAAGUAAACAGUUGCUUUGAUCCCUGGAAGUUUAAGGAAGUAAAUAAGAAUAAAGCUUUGAUCAGUAAACAGAAGCAAGAUACAGAGAACAAUAAUUUGCCAAACCAGUGUCCAAGUGUAAAUGAAAUUCUGCCUGCCAUUCCAGCUCCAGUUUUGUAUGACUAUUCAGAAGAGGAACUUAUGGCUAGUAUUGAACAAGAAUAUUGCUGACAGAGAAGAGAAAUAAUGCUUUAAUAUAUAUGUCUGUAUAUACAUAUGUACACAUGCACUUUAUUAUUAUGUAAAUACACUAUUUAAAGACUAAUGUGCUCUGCACAUUGAUGAUGGGUCAUAUUUAUUUGUAACAAUUCAAUUUGACGUUAUUUUAAGGUAAGCAACAGCAUGUUUCAGACAGCCACAUCUGCUAGGAUGUGCAUAUGAGCAUAAUAGGAAAAUGUAAACAAUUGUUGAUAGUAGAGAUUUAUUUUUAAAUCCUAGGAAUAGUUCAGUAAUAGACAAUAAGGUCUCUCUCUCAUGUGAUUAGCUGUCUUGAAGAUAGUGCCUUUUAUAUAAAUGGUGGAACAAUUAA